GUCGGUUACCUCCUACCCCUACUUGGAUACUAGUCCCACCGUUGAGAAACAUCAACACAGUAACCCGGGAACAGCAAUUUCACGGGCGGGUAGCGACAUUUCUCUCUAGGAAUCUUCCGGUGACCCCACAUAUUUGAUCAUCUGGACGUACGCAGAGACAACCACCAUGGGUGCAUGUCGCUAGAAAAAGUUGCUAGCUUAGUUGGCAUAAGUGGUAGCUAACAUUGGUUUGCUAACGUUAGCUGGCUAACGCUAACGUUAGCAAACAGACAGCUGAACCAAACUGAAGUCGGAAGAAGUUGGGAUUUCCUUAUCAUGACGAAGUCAUCAUGAAUGUGGAUAUAUAGACGCGUCGGAUAACUCACUAAAGGCUCCAUGUGAAGGCAAGAGAUGAGGAGCAGCAAGAGGACUGAGGCUUCCUUGAAAAGCUCUACACAGCACGAUCCUGAUAUUUGCACAGAGCUGUCAACUGCAUGGAAAAGUUUGGCUCAAUCCAAAGUUGCUUUGCGGCACAUAGAAAACCAUCUAGAGGUAGGUCCAGGAACUGGGGUUUUCCUGGACUCUCUUAUGGAUUCCACCAAGAAGAAAUCCUCCAGGACAGUGCGCUGCAGAGAGGGAAGACAAGUUGAUGAUAGUGGAGGGUCUACAAAGCAGAGGAGGCACAGUCAACAAAGUCCAGAAAAGAGCAGCUCACGCAGCCCACUGAGAAAUUCCACCCAAGACAACAAUGUCCACAGAAACAACAUUGUGGAGUUCAGGGAACCACUGGCCUCCUACAGAGAGGCCACUCCACCACCACAUCCCUCUUCUCAGCAGGAGCUCUACAGUUUGCAGUCAGUGCCUGGUUACUCUCCAACUCCCUUAAAUCCUCUGCUUAGCCAGCUCGUCUACCAGAGAGACACCAGGGACAAACAGACAGACAGAGACCUGGACAGCACACACUCCUCGGCUUUGGAGAGUACCGAGGUCCGCUACCUCAACGACCAGCCAGUCCUGGACACUCUAAGGACUUUUAAAAAUCAGUCCCAUCCUGGAACAGAAACAGACAGCACUUGCAAAGCACAAUUUAGCCAGAGCAUGGAUAGCCGUGCCCUAACCCCUGGCUCCGUACACAGAGGGGGGAGCACUCCAUCUACCAGCCCUGGCUCAGCCUCCCAGAGGUUGGAGAAUUUAAGAAGACACCAACCUGAUGAUAAGCUUGAGAAACUCAAAGAGCGUAUUCGAAGGCAGCGACAACAUCUGGAGGAGACUGCAGAGAGAGAGAAGCUGCUUAGUUAUCUGGAACAGCCGAUAAUAGCAGCUGUGCAGACUAGUAACAUGCCCACAGCCAAAGUACGAAAAGUAGCAGCUGCACCUCCUGCACCCAUAUACAAAGGUUUUAACACUACUGAGACAAAGAUCCAAACUUCUGAUGGGAAAGUUUGGAAGGAGGAGGAAUAUCAUAACCUCAGCAGGGAAAUAUACAGAGACCUCUCACAACAGUUUGCUGACAGCAGUAUGUCCCAUCAGCAAAAAGAACAGAGAGUAGAUGUAUCCAAAGAGAGGAGGCCUCCAAAACCUGUCAGAAAAGUCCAAAGAGUUGGCCCUGCUUCUGACCUAAAUGCAAAACCAGUGAUCAGCCCUGCAUCGUGGCGGGACGGCCAAAAGCUGGUGAAGAUGGUACUUGGUCCAGUUCCUAAAUCGCCCAGGGAAGAAAAACACCUACCAUCAGACACAAAGAGCAAAACAGUUGUCCAUCACCGCUCCAGAUCCGACCAGUGCUCAGAGUUGGACCGUCAGUCUCGCCCUAACAGCCAAGAAAGGCCUCACAGGUCAAAAAGCCACUCCACAACCACUAAUGCAGCUCAGAACAAGGCUGCAGUGGGUGUGAGCACAGGCAUAUUGUCAGCAGAUAUCCAGGGGAUACUCAGUGACCUUCAGCUGGAGUGUAAAGCACCUGAGAAUGAGGAGAGAGCCCGGCAGAGAUCUCGAGGAGGAUUCAGUGGAAGGAGAGGGAGAUGGGGAUCGGGGUCAAGAACAAGGGCUCCGGUCUCUGCUUGGGGAACAACUGGUGCAACAGGUAGCUCCUCAAGAGGCUGUCGCAGUGCCAGCCCUUUUACUCAUCGACCAAAAACUGCUGAUACCACUGAGCUUGGCCAGAAAAAACGACAUUACGACGCAGAUACGGUUCGACAGUAUAUCGCCCAGCAACAGGAGAAGAGAAAGAGGCGUCAAGCUGAAGAAAAGAGGGCUUUAAAGGAAGAGGCAGAGCAGAGAAAUCAGAGACUGCAGGAGCUCUACAGGAAGCAGAGAGGCACUGCCAAAACAGUAGGCCCCCCCACUGAGCCAACUGUAGCACCUGUACAGAAGCGACUGCAAGAGACCUACACCAAACUGCUGCUGGAGGGGGUGCAGCUGGAGGAGGAAGCCACGCAGACCCUCCCUGGUCCAGCUCCUAGUCAACUGAGACCGAUGUACCAACCUUCAGGAGAGUCAGACAAAGAAAAUAAAAGACUUGAACCACCACAGAGCCCUUCAAGCAGUGACAGGUCUUUAAAUGAUCAACCUCCCCCUCCACUCUCCAGGAAUGAUCUGGAUUAUGGAGUAGCCUCUUUGCUUCAGCCUGACCGCCUGAUCCCAGUUGUCCGACCCAUGACUGGUACCAAUGACCAUCUCCUCUCUCAGCUCCUGAGGCUGGAGACAGCACUUGCUGAAGGAGAUGCAAAGCAUGCCCAGCGGCCAGCCAUGGCACCAAACCGAUCACGGUCAAAGAUGUCACGCAUUGAGGCCCUGAAGGCUACAGCUGCUUCCCUGUCCAACCGUAUAGAGAGUGAGGCACGAAAGCUUGCUGGAGAUGGGAUCAACUAUGGUGCAGCAACUACACUGGAUGUGGAUAGUCUAGUGGCUACUAGGUCCUCUCACAUUGGUCGCAAUGACAGCUCUUGGAUGCAGGCGAACAGUAAAGAAACAGCUGUGGAAAAUAAUGACAUGGGUUUUAGGAUCCAUAAGAUUUUAACAAAUGCAGGUCAUAGUUCAUACAAUGGCAUAGCUCCUCCAGGAACAGGAAAUCAGACCUUUAAAGGACAGAAAGAAAAGGACAGAUUUCACAACAGUCCACAAACAGUUUCAGCCAACAUAACAGGGUACACUCCAAACAGCCAUACACCAGAAAGGAGGCUAACAAAUGGUUUGGAGACAAUAGAGAGAAUAGAUAAAUUGGUACAAAGAAGUGGAUAUGGAGCCAUUGACAAGGAUGAUAAACGUGACUCAAGUUCAGGAUCUAUCAGUGAGGGUCCUCUGAGUGAAGGAAGUCUUUCUGAUGGUGAACCAAGUCCCUCUCAUCCUACCCACAAUCAUGUAUCCAUACCUGUAGACCAUCUUGAGGCAUUGGAAUACUGUGCUGCUAAGCGAGGUCAUCACCAACGGCUGUCUGAGUUCCACAAAGAGGCAGAAAGUUGCUCUGCUUUAACUUCCCUGUUUGCUCAGCAGGAUGCCAGCAAAACAGCUUGGGAAGAACUAAACAAAGGAAGUCCUUUAAGUGUCAUCAACAUUUUCACAAAGAACCUUCACGGGUAUAUUAAAGCGAGUGAGGGGAAUUCAGAAAGGAACUCUCCCUCUGGCCAUUCUUUGCACUCUGGAAAUGGCCCUGGAGACGUAGCAGUUUACGAGGAUGAUUUUGUGUCAACUCAUUGCAGCGGAGCCAGUGGCCAGUUAAAGAAAGGCUCCAAUACACCCAGUGUUAGUAGACAUUUUGAGGAGCUGCUGAGAAGGUCUCCUUACGAGAAAAAUUCAGGGGGCACACAUUCCCACCAUUCAUCCUUUCAUUCAUCUGUGCAAUCGCCAUGUCUGUCCUCUGGCUCCACAUCUGGCUCUUCACCCCGAUCAAAGAACUCUACCAGAAAGAGAGGCACUGCAUCAGACCACAGUGAUGCCACUCUGGUGGAAGAGCAGAGGAACUCCUGCUCACCUCCCUCAGAAGUGUUGUCCUCUGAAUCCAGAAAGAAGGGCUCAGAGAGGAGCUCAACCCACAGCCAGGCCAAGAGUGGACAGUCCAAUGACACACUGGGCCAAGUCUCUGGACUUUCUCACCAAAGUUUGGGGCUGGAUGCAAAGAAGUCUCCACCAGGCAGGCUCGGGCAGUCUUCUCCUGGCUCUCCAGACCUCAGUUCUCCUGAUCCAUCCCACUCUCCCAGUGAUCCUCUGAGGGGCAGUUCGCUUGAGGGGGGUCAGACUGGUAGAACCACAGAGACCAGGACCACAGGUGAGCUACAGUACUCACCUGCAGUUUUGCAGCAGCGUAUGGCAGCAGAGCUCCAUUACCUGGAAACUAUUGAAGAGUCAGCCCGACAGCUGGGCGACCUUGAAAGGCUGAUGGGCGUGUCCAUGGCUCAGCAAGAAAGUGCAUCAUUGGCUCAAAUGCUCAAGGCCAAGCAGCAGCGCCACGAGCAUGAGCUGUAUGAGCUGAAGAUUAAGGCUGAAAGGGAAGCUCUGGAAACAAAGCUACAGCUGGAGGAAAACAAGCAGAGAGUUGCCAGGGCUCAUAUAGAAUUGCAGGAAAGCUUGGCCGCAGCUCAAAAACAGACUUUGGAUGGCCUCCAGGAGGCAACUACUAAGAUGAUGAGUCAACAGGCCGAGGCAGCACGGUACACGGCCGAAACUGCCCGACACAUCAAAGAGAUGACAGAAAUGACACACUCACAGGUAAUGGGGGCUGUGAUUGUCCCUCCUGUUGCUACUGAAUCCUCUGACCAGCAAGAACACAGCUCCCACAUGAAGCAGAGGAGGGAAAAGGCUGACUCUGACAGCUUCCCUAGUGAGAUGUCCAGCAGAGGGAGCAGGCCAAAUGAGCCCCUGUCUUCGCAAAACAGCCUCAAUCACUCAGACUCUGUACCUUUCAGAAGACCUGAACUCAGUGGAGCUGACUCUAGCAGCCACCAUAGCCCGUCAAAUGUGUCCUCACAUUCAGAAGUAAAAUGGAGACGGGGAACAUCUAAGGAGAGGACAGAAAGGGAAGAAGGUAGCACUUCCAUAGAGGACGAGGUUCCCAUAGCUGCAAAUGACUCUCUGUGCAGUGACAGCAUCCCCUCUGUCGUGGACGAAAAAGCAGACAGUACAUCAGUGGCAACAGAGUACUCGUUCAAGUUUGAUGAGUCCAUGACAGAGGAUGAGAUAGAAGAGCGCUCUUUCCGCUCUCUGCUCCCAUCUGAGGCACACCGCCGUGGAACUUUGGACAAGAAGUCCCGCCAUCAUGACGAGUCAGAGGAAGACGGAACCACUCAGAACUCCACUUUACUGUCAGGGUCACACAACGUGUUAAAGCCUCAGGAUGUGAACAUGGCCUUUUCUGGUGGACAGGACAGUUUUUCUCAGUUCACUAUGGACAUGGUGCGCCAGUAUAUGAAGGACGAGGAGGUGAGGCUGCAGCAUCAGAGUGCUCUGCUGCAUCUUCGCCAAAAGGCCCUUAAAGAGAAAGCCAGAACAGAGCUGGCUUGGCUUGAACACCAGAAAAAGAGGCUGAGAGGCAAGGGGGAGGAUGACAAAAUGCCACCCAUCAGGAAGAAGCAGAGGGGCCUUUUGAUGAAACUCCAACAAGAGCAGGCUGAGAUCAAGCGUCUUCAGGAGGCCAAUAAAGCUGCAAGGAAGGAAAGACAACUGUUGCUGAAGCAGCAGGAGGAGAUUGAAAGGAUGAGAAGCUCCACACUCCGACUAAAGGAACGUCUCAAAUGUGCAGGGGCUGAAGCACCUCCUGAGACUCCAGUGUCCAUGGUGUCAGAGGCAGCCUCGUCAGACAUGAGACAUGCAGACACAGACGUUCGCAGCCCGUCUCCGUCCCUCUCCAUCUCUGGAAGUGAAACAAGCAGCAUAAUGCAGAAGCUAAAAAAGAUGCGCACCCACAUGGAUGAAAAACACUGUUCUCCUGUCCACUACUUCUUCUCUGUGUUCACGGCCCAUCACUGGGCCUCUCUCAGUGUUUGUCUUCCCAACCUACAUCCUAAAUUCCAGCUCUUUAUCUGCAACCAGUUGGUCAGGUUUCUGACCAAACGGGAGCAGCAGCUGAUGCAGAGGCGUCAUCAUGCCGAAGAGCUUCUGCAGUGGAAACAACGGCUUGACAGGGAGGAAGCAGAGGUCCGUAGAAUAGAGAAGGAGGCUCUGGCUGUCUGGGAUCGGCAAACAUCUCGGGGCAAGGUUCAUGACUUCUCUGAGACUCAGAAGAAGGAAAUCUCUGAUGUUAGCCCCAGUUCCAGUCAUCAAAGAAGAUCUGAGCCCAGAACUGACAGUGAGAAAGACUAUGUCAGUGAGGGUGACAUUUCCUCAGUGACACCGGAGUCCAGUAUAAAUACAGAAAGACCCGUGACGGAGCACCCUGAAAGCCCAUCAUCACUUAAACCUGUAUCUGCCCAUGAAUCAUCACUGACCUCCAUCCAGAGCAGCGCUGCCAAUUACACCCAAGAAUUCACCUCAACUUCCCCUUCAACUAGCAGAAAAUCUGUCCAGUCAUCUCCAGUUAAAGGCAGCUACAGUGCUGCUGCCUCUCCUUCGGAUGGCAGCAGUAAAACCAAGAUGCAGCUUGGCCCUACCUCGAGAAGACCGAACCAGGCCCACACUGAGCCCUCUGAAAGCCUCAUGGGCACACAGACAGAACCCCUUUCAGACCAGAGUGACAUAGAGGGUCGAAUAAGGGCCCUCAAGGAGGAACUCAGAAAACGAAAGUUUAUGGCCUGUCAGCUGAAAAAAGAACAGAAGAAGAGGCACAAGGAACGCCUGAAGGCACAGGAGGCCAGCCUACUGAAGCAGCUGGAGACUUACAAUAACUUCAUUGAGAAAACUAAGGCAGAACUGAACACUGAGCCUAGCUCAACACCUGAUACCAAGUCCCCGAAUAGAGAUGCCGUCUCACUUGCAGAGCAGCCUAGUAUUAAACCACCUUCUCACAGGUUUGAAAGUAGCAAAAUCUCUAACCCUGCAAGGACACACAUUCAUCCUUCAUUAGACAACAAUUCUUCAGCUCUACCUGACCAAAGUAGAUCUACGUCAGUGCCUGAACAGUUGCCUGAUGAAGACCCACUACCAGUUACUCCAGUACACGGCAGCCCAGAAAGUCUGACAUCCAGACUGAGGAACCAUCAGGCUCCAGAGGGUUUUCUGAGAUCUUUGAGCACAGAAGCUCAUACACAGAUAAAUAAGUCUGGAGAUGAGAACAUUGUGUCUGAUCAUAGAUCUGCACUACAGGAAGAGCUGGAGGUAGACAUAAGCAACAGGUCCAAGGAUCAACAUUCUGAACAUCUUCUCAAACUACAAAAGAAAGACACAGUUGACUCUCAGACAAGGAUGUCUGCAUUUACACACACUUCCCCCUCUGUGAGUGAAGAACAUCAUUAUCCCCCAUCUGUUCACUCCGAACCUGAUGGGCAAAUAGAGCCAAGGCAAACAUGUGAAGCAGAGGAAGCUUUAAAAUCUCAGAUUAUCUCCCUGAGUAAGUCUCUUUCAGCUCCAGUGGACCUCAAAAUGUCACCACAAUCUGACCGCUCCCACUCCACUGACUCACUUGCGUUCUCUUCCAAAGAAAUGCGCAUAAAAGAUAAUGAGACCUCAUCUCCCUUGGCAGAUGGUUAUCAUGAUGACUUUGAGUCAUCAGUAGAUUCAUCACCCAGGGGCGGUCAUCAUACUUCCAAACCUGCCUCUGAACUCUCAUUUCCCCCUAUUGAAUCCAAGCCUUUAUCAAAGGAUAAACCUAGUAGGCCCAUACUGUAUGACAGUCAAAAUGAAGAGGUAGAGGAGGAAAUACCUGAAGAGCUGAGUCACCGUUCUUUUGCCAGUGAUACCAGUCACCAGUCUGAAAGACUGCUAGAUCUCCAUGAUCAGACACAGGACUCCAAGCAUGACACCAAGAACACUGUUAAUUCAACCUACUUGCCAAAUGUCAGUUCUGUGAACACCUCUCCCUCACCUCUUACAGAUCAGAUGCCAGAUUUUAACAUUGGAGACCGGGUUCUUGUUAGUGGUGUUCAGCCAGGUACUCUGAGAUUUAAAGGUCCAACAAGCUUUGCCAAUGGCUUCUGGGCAGGUGUGGAGUUGGAUAAGUCUGAAGGGAGCAACAAUGGCACUUACGAUGGAGUGUUAUAUUUUGAGUGUGAUGAGCACCAUGGUAUCUUUGCUCCUCCAGACAGGAUCACACAUCUGACAGAUAAGUUCGAAAUGUACACUGACACCACAGAGGACGAUGACUCAUUCUUUGAUGACAUGUCAGAUGAGGGUAGGGAUACCAGUAGAGCAGAAGAGCGCAAACUCCAAAAACAAGGACAUCUUAGUAAAGGUAAACAAACAUCUCAGAGGGACUGCAGGUCUGACAGUUUAAAAGUUACAGAUGAAUCAGUUCAUCAGGUUGGAACCCACAUUAAUUUGCAUCACUACAAAGAAUCAAUGCAUCCAGUUGCUAAUGGCAAGAGUGGGGACAUAAUUUUGGAUUUUGCUGAUGCCGAUGUGACCUCAGAUAUCAGGAAUGAUAAAGGAGAAAAGAAGUACAAAAAUGUUCUGGGCACAGUCGCAGACAAGCUUUUGCAUAACUUUGUAAACGAUACAGUGAGACAGUUUGCUGAAAUUAAAAAGGCUAAGGAGCAGAAGAUAGAUGCUGCCAACCAGAUGAAUGGACAUCUCUUUGGAAAUGAUGAAGAGGAGUGGAUGGCUUCAGUGGAACAAAAAGACGGUCUGCCCUUCUUUCUUACAGCUGAAAAAGAGGAGCUGUCUUCUCCAGAGCUGUGCAACCGCCCAGAAAGUCCUGUACUGGGGGCCAGCGGGCAGGAGGAACUUGCCAAGCGUCUGGCAGAACUAGAACUGAGUCGGGAAUUGCUGGAUGAGCUUGGUGAUGAUCAGGACUGGUUUGACGAGGACUUUGGCCUCAGCUCUCGUAGAGAACAGCAGAAACUCAAGCAGAAACAAAGGGAGGAAGAGGAACAGGCAAAGCUGGGGGUAGGUUUAGGGAGGUCUAGCUCUCCAGGUGGAGCAGCCAUAGGGGGGCUGGUGUCACCACCGGGUGGAGAACAGCAGGUUAAGACGCCACCUAGACCUGAGGUUCCUCUUCCUCUGCCUCCUAAACUUCCUGAGCAGCCAGCCAUGGUGGUGCCCCACUCAGCUGUGGAGGUGCAGAAGAUGGUCUAUGCUGCUACUCAGGAGAUCUGGGAAAGCUUUAGCCUGGAAACAGAGGGAGCAGUGACCCUCACACAACUGCCAAACCCCAAACCUUCACAGGAGUAUCUGGGCAAAGAAGCCAACAGCCAGGACCAAGAGGCAAUCUGCAUCUGUAGCUACAGAAAGGCUGUGUAUGACCUAACAUGGGAGAUUCUUCAGGAAAUCUAUUCUGAAGACCCCAAUACCAAUCAGCCUCAGUGGGUGAAACCACGGCGAGUCAAGCCCUCAUUCUAUCAAAGAGUGAAGACACCUGGAGACAUCUCCAAAAUCCAGGAAUUCCUCUCAGCUGAAGUACUGAAAUUAUAUGGGCUCACAAAAGAUGAGAGCCAAAAGAGUGACUGGCAGAAAAUGCUUAAAUUCGGCAGGAAGAAACGGGACAGAGUUGAUCACAUACUGGUUCAGGAGCUUCACGAGGAGGAGGCCCAGUGGGUCAACUACGACGAGGACGAGCUGUUUGUUAAGAUGCAACUGGCAGACAGCAUCUUCGACGCUCUGCUCAAGGACACUGCCAACGUACUGACGCAAAUCUAUGACAAACAGGCCCAGAGAGACGGCGUGUCCUGACUGCUUUUCCUGCUUCGAUUCUAGCGUAUGACCUCUAAUAUGAUCCCAGUCUGUCCUUUGACCCCUCACCUCCUCCAGCCCAGACCACCAGUCGGUCUUCUACCAGCUGAUGUGCCAACGGCAACCCCUGGAAGCCUUCAGUCCCAGCAUUACUUCCCAGCUCCUACCCAUUUCUGUCACAUUGAUUUGCUGUUUCAGCUUCAGCUCAUACCAGUGUUUAUGUCAUUUGAUUUACACAGAACACCUCUCAAACAAUCCAGCCUUCUUAACCUUAAUACAGUUUCACCUCCCAGACUGGAAACUUACCAGGUGAAGGUUAUAAUAGAUGUUUUGAUAGAAUGACCUGUGCCGUUUUUUUAGUAUUUAAAAUCCAUUAAUGCUGCUAUGUGGAUUUACUUACAGUGAGCUGUAACAUAAUGUCAUCCUGGAAAAAACGUUUAUAUGACAUAUUGAAUCUUAAAGUAUAUAAAUAUAUCUGGAUUCAGAACUUAUAAGGAGUAACAGACACACAUUAUAGUCUGUGGUCACGGACACCGUUCUGCUGUGUUGCCUUAGUCAUUAGUCACUGACUGUGUGGAUUAAGUGCCAACAUUUAACUUUAAUUUGACAACUACAUCUGUAGCGAUCAGUGUAGGAAAUGAUAACUCUUAUUUGUAAUCAUUUUAGGUCAAGCCAGAAAGACUACAGAGCAUGAUCUGUCACUGAUCAAAUCCUUUUACAGAUUGCACUGUUUGAACAUCACUGAGAUCAGAUAUUGUGUGAAAUGUUUGCCUCCUGAGCUAUAUUAUUUAUUUGUGAAAAUGUGUAGAUUAGAUGAGAAGAAAAAACAUUUUGAAUUGUACAGAGAGAACAGAUUUUAACAUUGUGUAAAGCAAAUCUAAUGAAACUGUAAAAGCACAAACAGAAAUGUGAAUGUGAACAUAGCAAUACAUUAUGUACAUAGGAGGUUGUUCUAACCUCCUACGUUAUUAUAGAGGACGUGGGAAGAAAAUGAUUUAAUAUUUAAAAGAUGUGUUAAUAAUGAUUUGAAAUUGUUAAGUAUGACUUCAUUUAUUGUGGCCAAUAGCAAUACUGUCACUCCUCUGUAUUAUGUCAAUAGUGCUGUCAGAACAGGAUAUGAAAAACAGGAAAUGACACAUGACAUGUUUUUUGCAUGUCAGUCAAGCUGCAAACAGUGUUUUCCAUCCUCUGUGAUAGAUGUUCUUUCAAUAUUGUGAUUCACUCAUUGGCACUGGCUCCUGAAUGUUAGUUCUACAUUAGGUAAACACUCUACGAACUCAGAGUUUACAGUAUAUAAGCAGGACAGGAGAGGCAGUAGGCUGGACUCUAUAUUUUCAGAAUGGCAUUGUUGACCAUAUUGAAAUGCUGGAUUUUUUUUCUUCAGUCCAUCUGUUUUCUGCAACACAAAAAUACUAUAACAUCUCUCAAAUUUGUAGAUUUGUAUCAGCAUUGCUGUACACUCCACUUUGCUUCUGAAUGUAGCCUAGUGAUGUAUUUGGACAACAGGUGGUCUUUUCAACAUUCGGUUCAAGUGCUUUUUUUAAGUUAUUUGUGACAAACUGUCUCGAUGCCCAUUGGACCUAUUUUCUUUGAAUGUCUCUUUCCACUGCUAUCUACUACCACUUUGUAAGCUACCCUUAAAAUGACAGCUCUUCCCUUUUACCAGUUUACCAAUAAUUCACUCUCUGCCUUAUCAAUCUCUCUGUACCUUAGCAUGAUGUAGUCGGGAGGGAGGGAUUUUUUUUUCUAAACCUGUAUUUUCCUGUGCCUCAGCCUGAGGAAACUGCUAAUAUAAAGAAAACCUCACUCCAAAUGUUUCCUGCUUCUUGUCCACAUCAUCCUGUAUCUGCACAGAAAGACUCAGUGGAGUCAGUUUAUUGAUUGACUGUAUCAGUAAAUGGUGUGUCAACACUCCACCCACACAGAGCACGUAGUCAUGGCUCUAAGGGCUUUUCCACUGGUCCUCACUGUCACAAAUUUAUUGAUGAACAAGUUUGACUGUACAAAUUCGUAACUAGCAUGUGUGACAGAGCUUGCAAAUCUCCACUGACUGUUUUGAGUUAAAGUGACCUUAAAAUGAGCGGUCUAGUUCUUCAACUGAAUCAUACUUGUACACCAAGUGCUUUUUUCUACCGUUAAUUCUACCAUUUUAACAAUUGAUAUGGUGUAUGUUUAAACUGUAAAUUCUAUAAUGUAAAAAAAAGACCAAAAAGAACAUCUGUCCAUGUUGUAUGACUUGUAUGUCUGGUCUGUAGGCAUAUGUAACUGUAAUAUUUACAUGACUAGUACCUUAGAAUCUGUUUCUUCAAGGCUUUAUUGUAGACCCUCUAGGAUUGUCCUCCUGAAUUGAUUGUAUUUUGGAGGAAAUUCAGUUCCCCACUGUAACUAUGCAGUACUCUGUCUUAUGCAUUGUUUUCUAUAUACGGACCAAACGGUUCAGACUUCUGCUGUAAUCUGUAGAUUUAAGAAAUCUUUGAGAAGCUUGAAGCUGUUUGAUUUGGCUGAAGUUUCUCUUAUCCUCGGUUUCUUCACAGAAACUGAACUUGUGAUGAAAGGAGGAGAUGGAACAGCUCCAAUGUUGUAUGUAGUUGGAUUCUAAUAACAGGAAUUAGAAAAAAGAAAAAAAAAAAAAACAGGCACAAAACAUGUAUCAAAUGACCCCAGUAAGAAUAGAUUUCCAUUUUCAUCUUUUGAAAUGUCUGAUUAUUUAUAAUAAUGUGAUGUGAGUGUACGUCAAGUGCACUUGAGGACUUGUACAAUUCAUUUAUGGGUGUAAAUAUACUUCAACAUGUCUGUCCAAUCUGACCCAUUCUUACUGUAACCUGAAUGAUUCUUGUAAAAUACAGUUUCCUUUGCAAAUAUGUACAUAGUAUAUAUUUGUUAACUAAAUGAAUUUUGGAAAUUGUAAAUAAAGCUUUCAUUGUUUGUAACGGA